AUGGGCUGUUUGGGAGGGAAGACGGACGAAGAACGACUGGACGACAAAGUCAAACGAGAAGCCCACAAAAAGAUCGACAGACAACUGCAAAAAGAACGACAAGCGUAUAAAGCCACACACAGACUCCUGCUCCUCGGAGCAGGAGAGUCUGGUAAGAGCACGAUCGUCAAGCAGAUGAGGAUUCUUCAUGUUGAUGGUUUCAAUGCUGAAGAGAAGCAGCAGAAGAUUCAAGACAUCAGAAAGAAUGUGAAAGAUGCUAUUGUGACCAUCGUGUCAGCUAUGAGCAUGUUGACUCCACCCAUGCCUCUGGGUAACCCUGUCAACCAGUUUAGAGUUGACUACAUCAAGGGCAUCGCACCGCUAUCUGACUUUGAAUACACAGAGGAGUUUUUUGAGCAUGCUCAAAAGCUUUGGGAGGAUGAUGGCGUGAAGGCGUGUUACGAACGCGCUAACGAAUUCCAGCUGAUUGACUGCGCACAGUACUUCCUGGACCGUUUGGACUCUGUGAGAAGGGCUGACUACACUCCUACUGACCAGGAUUUGCUGCGCUGUCGAGUUCUGACUUCAGGGAUUUUCGAAACCAGGUUUCAAGUGGACAAGGUCAACUUUCAUAUGUUUGACGUGGGAGGACAGAGGGAUGAACGCAGGAAGUGGAUCCAGUGUUUCAAUGAUGUGACGGCCAUCAUCUUCGUGGCUGCCAGUAGCAGCUACAACAUGGUGAUUAGAGAAGACAACUCAACCAAUCGACUGCAAGAAUCUCUGGACCUCUUCAGAUCCAUUUGGACAAACAGGUUUUUGAAGACUAUCUCAGUCAUUUUGUUCCUGAACAAACAGGAUGUGCUCGCUGACAAAAUAUUGACAGGGAAAUCCAAACUGGAGGAUUAUUUCCCUGAAUACGGCAACUACACACUUCCUCCUGAUGCUGUUCCAGAUAAGGAUGAAGAUGCUAGGGUGACCAGAGCAAAAUUCUUUAUCAGAGACGAGUUUUUGAGGAUCAGCACGGCGAGCGGCGACGGCAAACAUUAUUGUUAUCCACACUUCACGUGCGCCGUGGACACGGAAAACAUUCGGCGCGUGUUUAGCGACUGUCGUGACAUCAUCCAGCGCAUGCACCUGCGACAGUACGAGCUCCUCUGAUUGGCCGGUGGCCUCUCACUAGUCCCCGCCCACUUCCUGGACCAAGCCAACAAAUAUGAAGGUCACUGAUUCCGAAUCCCAACGAGGGCGGAAAACAAUUCAAUUUUACUUAAGUGGUCCAAAAAUUAUUUAGUAACUACAAAUGUAUCUUUGUUUAUCUAUCUUUGCCAGCAAUAUAUAGUGACAGGCAGAACAACCAAAUGAAUUGAAUAAAAUAAACUGUUAGUGAAAUUUUUGUUUGGUUAUGUGUUGAGAUUUUCUCAUGUC